CUUCCCUAUUAGAAUAAACACACACCUCACUUCCUACAACAUAACCUAACUUGUUUGACAGACGCUUGUACUGAAUUAUCUCAAGUCGCAGACCUUUCGCAAUUCCAAAUUCCGACCGCCCAUCCUCUUCCUUCUGUAGCUCUGUCACUCCUAGUGGAUGACACACUCACGCAGUUCGGUCUACGCCGCCCUAAUACCUCAAGUCUACAAUCAAUCUGCAUCUGGAUGGCGAGUACUUCGUGUUUUAUGAUCGUGAGUAGGAAUGACAUUCCCAUCUAUGAAGCUGAAGUUGGAGCUGCGCAAAAAGAGGAUGCUGCUCAUCAACACCAGUUCAUAUUACAUGCUGCACUAGACAUUGUCCAGGAUAUGGCGUGGACUACCAGUGCAAUGUUCCUGAAGGCAAUUGACCGGUUCAAUGAUUUAGCUGUUUCAGUAUAUGUCACUGCGGGCCAUACCCGGCUGAUGCUGCUUCACGAUUCUCGCAAUGAUGAUGGAAUCAAAAGCUUCUUCCAAGAAGUUCACGAGCUUUAUAUAAAGUCUCUUCUUAAUCCCCUCUACUUACCUGGCUCUCGAAUUACAUCGUCUCAUUUCGAUACAAAGGUCAGAGCUCUUGCUAGAAAGUAUCUCUAAAGAUUGUGAAGGAGCCUCACCGCCUACUCGGUAAUGAAUGUUUAGCAGUAACAUUCCGUCAUUAAAAAAAUCAGAAUGUAGUUUUUCACUGAUUGUGUUGCCUAUUCAAUUACUCCAUAUCUUUUUUUUGCAACUUUGCAAGACACAACUCUUACAAGUCAUAAUGAUACUUAAAUUUUAAAAUUUUCUUUGAUACCUUAACUAAAUGUAUAUUCAUUAAAAUUCAUUAUUCUUGCUCGUUAUUCAAUUUCGGCAGUAAUCUUAAAAAGUCG